CAUGCAGCAGCAGCUUGCUAGGCCAUUCGAUCGAUCGAUCGAUCAUAUAUAUAUAUGGAUGAGCUACCUACACUGAUAUGAUCCACCACAAUUAAUGUGCUCGAGACGACGCAGCAACAACCGCCGCGCCAUUGAUGACUAAUUGAGAUCGAUCGAUAGAUAGUAUAAGAGAUCGACCACGAGCUCUCGAUCAGCCUAGCUAUAGCUAUAGAUAGAUAUACAAUCUCUCUCUCUCUCUCUCUCUCUCUCUCUCUCUCUCUGAUUGUUCUCUUCUGCUUGCCUCUUCCAUGGAGUGGGCUCGAGGUCCAGCCAUGGCGGCAGCGGCAGCGGCAGCGGUGGUGAUGGUCGCCGCCGUUCUGGCCGGCCAGGCGAUGGCCGCCGGCGCGACGACGUACACGGUGGGCGCGCCGGAUGGGCUGUGGGACAUGGAGACCGACUACAAAGAGUGGGUCGCUCGCCGGACAUUCCACCCCGGCGACAAGCUCACGUUCACGUACUCGCGUGAGCUGCACGACGUGGUGGAGGUGACGAAGGCGGGGUACGACGCCUGCUCCAACGCCAACAACAUCUCCGCCUUCCGCUCCGGCAACGACCUCGUCGCCCUCACCGCCGUCGGCACCCGCUACUUCCUCUGCGGCCUCACCGGCCACUGCGGCAGCGGCAUGAAGAUCCGCAUCGACGUCGUCGCCGCCGCCUCCUCCGGCCCCGCAGCCGCCGCCGCGCCGCUGCCGUCGACGUCGUCCGUGACCGCCGCCGUCGCCGGAAGCCGCCUAGUCCUCGUGCUCUUGUAUGCUCUUCUGCCAUUGUGGUAGCAUUAAUUAAUUAGUCUCUUGUGUGUAUAUUUUUGUAAUUGUAAGUUUAAGUACACGUAUAUGCUUUGAUUUAGUUAAUAUUUUGUACUUCUGGUUUUAAUUUGUGGUUAUUGAUCGGAUUUUAGAUAUGCAUGCAUGCCUUAAUUUGGUUUCA